AUGGACGAGUCUCCACAGCCACAGCUACCCGAGAUUGCCGUUUCGAGGACAUCCAGCCAAAAGAGCAGCAAGAAGAGUGCCAAAUCGAAUGCUGAGGGCAAACGGCCAUCACUGCCGCGAGUGCACACCGAACAGACGUUCCAUCCUCAUUGGAAGCCUGGCUAUCAUCACAGCGAUGCUUGGAAACGUUUCCACAAUCCGGAUCCAGAAUGGCGCAUCAAAUGGAACAGCCACUGCUUUCCGAACGGCCGUGUCUUGAUCGUGGACUACAUCAGCAAUGAUGCAGAGCCAACGAAAGGCGGCAAACGACAUGUCGCCGUCGCUGCGCAAGAGUUCCAAUCAUUGCCAGAACUUCGCCAUUUCUAUUCGGACACCAAACGCGUGCAUGGAGCCGCUCUGAGGGUCAUUCAUGUACAGAAUGCAACAUGGGCGACGCUGUUUCUACUUAAGAAGUUCAACAUCAAUCACCCGAAUGAGCUGGUUGGCAUGCCUUCGUUCGCUAAAUGGGCUCAAUACGAAAAGCCUCGCCAACGCAAUGGAAAGCCCUUCUUGAACGGACGAUCGUGGCGUGGUCAGACUGACCCAUGGCGAAACGUUGCGCGCAUUGCGUUUGGUCUGGAUUAUUUGAAGCCGUAUCAUACCGAAUCUCCACAAAGGCGCAAACAGCAGGCAACGUUCGGGGCACGGCCAGUGGAUGCAAAGAUCAUGCACUUGAACGCCUACGAAGACAGUCGAAGUCCGUACGGGUACGAUGUGUCGGUGCAACGCAUGUCGGUGUAUGUUCAGCGGAAUCUUGGACCACCAAAUCACAUUUCUCCGGACAUCGACCUCAAGAACCCGUACAAACAUAUGCUGAAUGGCACGCCUGCGUAUGACUCGCAAGGAGGAAUGAUACCAUUGCUGGAUUAUCUGGAUAACAGCAACACGGUAAUCAUCUUCGAAACCUCAGCAUCUAUGCAGCUUGACGACUGCCUAGUUCAGCCUCGCAAUGACUUUGAGAACAGAUGGCGGCGGCUAUCGUUCUAUCUACGAAAGGAGGACGUCCUGAACGACUCUAGAUUAGCCGCUCAGUGCACGAACUUCAUUCUCGUGGAUAUCUUCCACGGCUUGGGAGUCGUUUGGGACCAAUUUCUGGGCGCUGCCGAAGAUCAUGUUGCGAUGCUGGAAGAAAAGAUUUUUGACAACCCAGCGGAUGAAUCUCGUGCACCAGAACUAUGGACGAAUCAAGCAGCUUGGCUGAAAGUCGACAAGAUCAUGUGGAUACACGCAGAUCUCGUUAGGGAGAUGCAAGUCAAUAUGCGUGAACUGGCCGACGUGGACGACGAAGCGAAUGGUGUCGAAGUCGACUGGAUGGCUAGCACAACUGCCGAGUACGAGAGACUUUCUCACAACGUCUCAGAGGAUCUGGUUCAGCCCACGAACAACCUCAGUGAUCUCAUGUACAAGUCGGUGGGGAUUCGCGAUUCCAGACAGUCGUUGCAGCUCGGACUUUCGAUGUGGCGUCUGAGCUGGAUUACGUUCAUCUUCCUGCCAUUGACGUUCAUUGUGGGCCUCUUCGGCAUGAAUGUCGAUGCUUUCAAGGACAAUCCGUCGAUUGGCUGGUACUUCCUCGCGGCUGUAGUCCUCAUGAUUUUCGUGCUGCUCCUGUGGUACUGCGUUAAGCACAGUCUACAGCGCAGCAGGCAGACGCCAUUUCAGCGAGGCUUGUACGAGUCGCUCUUCAACGACCUGGAGGAGGAGUAUCCCCAAAUGUGGACCAGUGCAGGCGCUGCUGAAGAUGUAGAGCCUGAAGGAUUGUGGAAUCGUAUCAAGUGGCGAUUGAUCAGGCGGUGGUUCGCCCCAGAGAAGACGAUCAACAAGAGACUCUACAGUGCUCUGGCUCCCGAUGACCAACGAUCAGAGCUCGGCGCAUGGGCAGCCAUCAAACAACAACUACUCUUCCGCUGGCUCGGCGAGAUGAGAUUAUCCCACCAACAAAACACCAUCGAACUCGCUGAAGCAGGCGCAAGCAGCAGCACAGACGUCCACUACGAAAUGGAGACAAUCAACGAACUGGCGAAACACUCAACACCGCUCGUCGUCGCAGAAGCGGAACCUACAGCAGUUGCGCCCAUUGCUCGAUACGGAUUGAGACCAUUGACGCCGGAGGAGAGACGACAAUCGCUCACAGGCGAAGGAAGGCCAAGCAGUCGUGGGAGCAGUGGGAUCAUGAUUGAGGAACGGAAUCUUUCGGAUUCGGAGAGCGAUGCGGGUGAGGGUGCUUCUUCAACGCAAAGGGGGAGGGCUGAACGACGAGCAUCGCAGUGA